AGGCCGGUUCCGCCGUCGGCAGCGCUGUAGGCGCGGGGCGGCCGGGCCGCAGCAUCGCUCCGCGCUGGGCCGGCGGCGCACCGAGGGUUCGGCUUGGCCGGGAGCGGGCAGGAGGACACACGGUAAGAGCUCUGUCAUCAUGUCAGUCAGCGUCCACGAGAACCGUAAAUCCCGGACGAGCACCGGCUCCAUGAACAUCUUGCUUUUUCACAAAGCUUCCCACCCGGACUGUGUGUUGUCCCAUCUGAACACCCUGCGGAAGCACUGCAUGUUCACCGAUGUCACCCUUUGGGCAGGAAACAGGUCGUUCCCAUGUCAUCGCGCAGUGCUGGCUGCCUCCAGCAGAUACUUUGAAGCCAUGUUUAGCAAUGGCCUCCGAGAGAGCCUGGAUGAUGAGGUGAACUUCCAUGACAGCCUCCACCCAGAGGUGCUGGAGCUACUCCUGGACUUUGCUUAUUCCUCUCGGAUCAUCAUCAAUGAGGAGAACGCUGAGUCCCUCCUGGAGGCUGGAGACAUGCUGCAGUUCCAUGACGUCCGAGAUGCAGCGGCUGAGUUCCUGGAGAAGAACCUCUACCCUUCCAACUGCCUGGGCAUGAUGCUGCUCUCGGAUGCUCAUCAGUGCCGCCGGCUCUAUGAGCUCUCCUGGAGGAUGUGCCUGGUCAACUUUGAGACUGUUCACAAGAGCGAGGACUUCAACAACCUUUCCAAGGACACUCUGCUGGACCUCAUCUCCAGUGACGAGCUGGAAAUUGAGGAUGAAGAAAAGGUCUUUAAGGCUGUCAUCCAGUGGGUAAAAUACGAUCUGGAUGAGCGGAAGGCUUAUCUCCCAGAACUUCUGAGGAAUGUUCGUCUGGCCUUGCUUCCUUCCGAAUGCCUCAAGGAAGCCUUGGCUUGUGAGGACUUGAUCAUGGUGGAUGAAAGGAACAAGAUUGUCUUGGAUGAAGCUAUUCAGUGCAAGAAGAAGAUCCUCCAGAAUGAUGGGGUAGUCACCAGUCCCUGUGCCAGGCCUCGCAAAGCUGGGCACACUUUGCUGAUCCUGGGAGGACAGACCUUCAUGUGUGAUAAGAUCUACCAAGUGGAUCACAAAGCAAAGGAAAUUAUCCCCAAAGCAGACCUGCCAAGUCCACGGAAGGAGUUUAGUGCUUGUGCCAUUGGCUGCAAAGUAUAUAUCACUGGAGGCAGGGGCUCGGAGAACGGAGUCUCGAAAGAUGUAUGGGUGUAUGACACAGUUCAUGAGGAAUGGUCAAAAGCUGCCCCAAUGCUAAUAGCUCGGUUUGGACAUGGCUCGGCUGAAUUGGAAAACUGCCUGUAUGUGGUUGGUGGACACACUGCGGUAGCUGGAGUCUUCCCUGCGUCUCCUUCUGUUUCCUUGAAGCAAGUAGAGAAGUACGAUCCCAUAUGCAACAAAUGGACGAUGGUGGCUCCUUUGAGAGAUGGAGUGAGCAACGCUGCGGUGGUGAGUGCCAGGCUCAAGCUUUUUGUCUUCGGUGGGACCAGCAUUCACCGAGACAUGGUGUCCAAAGUGCAGUGCUAUGAUCCAGCUGAGAACCGGUGGAUGAUCAAAGCCGAGUGCCCACAGCCCUGGCGCUACACGGCAGCCGCUGUCCUGGGCAGCCAGAUUUUCAUCAUGGGAGGAGACACCGAGUUCACAGCAGCCUCUGCCUAUCGCUUCGACUGUGAGGCGGACCAGUGGACGCGCAUCGGGGACAUGACAGCCAAGCGCAUGUCAUGCCACGCUUUGGCUUCGGGGAAUAAACUCUACGUGGUGGGGGGUUACUUUGGCACUCAGAGGUGCAAAACGCUGGACUGCUACGACCCAACAUCAGACACAUGGAACUGUAUCACAACAGUGCCUUACUCGCUUAUCCCCACAGCUUUUGUCAGCACCUGGAAGCACUUGCCAUCAUGAUGCGAGUCAGGGCGCAAGCGCUUGUAUCCAGGAGGUCAGCAAGGAACAAGCAAAGCCCAGCCAGGAGCUCAGGGGAUGAUGCUGAGUGGUCACUGCUUCAGUCCUGUGCAGGAAGCACUGAUGGGGACAGUUCUGCACCUCUCAGGAGGUGACUUCAGGCAGUGCCAGGAACAGGUUCUCCAAGCUGCCUGUCUCCAAAUUAAAUGUGGCUUCUCCAAACUACCAGUCCUGUGUGAUGCUCUCAUUUUCAUGGGGCAGAGUCACAGAUGGGCUUGGGCCAGAGAGAUGAGCCAUCAGCUGGGCAUUGGGAUGGUUGCUGGGGAUGGGGAAGCUGCAGAUUGCAUAGUCCAGCCAAGGAAGAUGAAAUGGAGAGAGGAGUCCCUGCAUCCCUCUGUGCUGCCUGCUGAGCUUCAAACAUUCCUCUGGGGUGGAGAUGUUGGAGCUCCCAUCUCAAAAUAAAUAGGGAUGAGCUUAACCCCAAAGCAAGUAGGAACCAGCAGUUCUCCUCUUGGUGCUUUUUGGCUCCUGCAGGACCUUCCUCAUGGAGCCUGGUGGUCAGGCAUUGCUGAGGCACCUAUUCCUGGGGCUCAUCCAAGCGCUCAGAGCCCAUUUUGUGGCUCCCACAGGAGCCCUUUCGUGGGUUUAGCUCCUCUGAGGGCUAUGGGGUGGCACCAGCUGCUGGUACCUGCCCUUGGGUGGGCACGAAGUGGUCGAGGCUGUAGGUUUUUGAGGCUGCUGUGGCACCUAAAAGCUGAACUUUGGCUCCAAAGCUUCUGCAAGGCUUUAGGCAGCAAACCAUGCCCAGAGCUGUAUUCUGGUACUGUGGUCACACUAAGUGUUGGAUGUGUUCAGUGACUUCUCCUGGUUAUUCAAUUACAGCUUAGAUAACAAGCCUUUUCUAGGAGGAUUUUACUGCUGCCUGGUUUGGCUUCCCAUCUACAUAAAACAACACUUGGUCAGCACUUACCUGUCAAGAAGCUGCAGGGUUUUGUUGCUGUGCAUCAGUCCCAGCUCCAUCCACAAAGCCCUGCUUGCAGCCGGGCAUCUUCCUAUGCAAAAGCCCCAAAUGCCUGCAAGCAGGGCUUAAAAACCCCUCAGGAUAAUUAGGAUCCUAAUCACUGCAGCUCACCUGUGUGCUGCUGGGUUGAUUCCUUGCAACCUGUUACAGGAACAAAGUCACAGCUGGUUUCUCUUGGUGGCUCCUAGGCAAACCCAUUUGCAUGUGUGUAAUAGUGAGGCUGGAUAAACAGGGACUGCAGUUUUCUGCUGCUGCUGCUCUUUCCAAGUGGCUGGUUGUCUCUGAAGCCAGUUUAUCAGGCAGCAUUGGGAGGGAGUGGCUGGCCUGCGGAGGAAAGUCGAUGAAAAUCAGGCUUUUCCUAACCCUGGGCAGAUGGAAACAUGUGCAGUCUGAGCUCGGCCCCAGACUGGAUUAAUCAACCCCUUGGAAAUGUCAGUCAUAUGGAUGGGUUUGGAGGAACUAGUGGAAAAAGAGGAAAAAAAAGUCUUUCUGUUUUGUCUGUUCCAGUUCUUGGGCCGUCCUCCCUGCCCUAAAUAAAAAAGCUAAAACUCCAUUUUCUUCAACUUUUCAUUCCCUUAUGUCCACAGAAGUUUCCUGGCCGGCUCCAGUGCUCUGAGCCCUCCACAGCUGAAUACUGACUCUCUCCUCUUUCCUACAAAAGCAAAGCACAUCCCAAAUCCCAAAUAAACCACCUGCUUUCCACCUCCACCCAUUGCAGGGUGAUGCUUAUCCCAAUACCUGCCAACGUGCAACCCUUUUCUGGUACUUCCCUAUACAGGCAUCUUGCCGUCGAUGACCUUUCUCUUUCCCUCUCCAGAUGCCAGAGUCACAUCCAUGUCCCCUGUCUCACUGCUGGAGCCGACACAGUGACCAAGUCCCCUCCGGUCCUCCUGCACAGAACUCUGAGGAGCCUUUUUGCAUCCGUUCCCGGCACCAGGAGCAGGAAGCAUCACACCAGAGGGGCACCAAGGGCCACCCAGCCCCACCACCAGCCGCAAUAUGGGGACAGUGAGGAGCCACUGGCUGCCGGGCUGGGGCUGGGCACAGAGGCGGCUCAUGGGUACCAGUGGCCUGAUGGGACUGGGGAGAUGGAGGAUGUGCACCAGCCUGCAUCCCUCAGCAAGCGGCAUGGGGAGCCGUUAGGUGCUUUUUGUUACUCUGUUGGGGGGGUUAAAAGAUAGUAAUAGUUUUUAUCCAAAGGCAGUGAACUUGCCAUUAGCAGUAGCUGCUGUUUGGGUGACUUGGAAGUGUUUUUAAAGGGAAAAAAGGUUGAAAGCACCUGGCUCCCCAUCCUUUGACCGCUCUGCGGAGGCGAUGGCUGUUGAAACACUAAAGCGUGGGAGCUCGGGCCGGCUGCCAGCAGCGCUGGGUGCUGCGGUGGAACAGGGCAGGUGCCUUUUGCUGUGCACUUUGGGCCUUAUUAAUGUUCUUUCCCCCGUUCCCUCGCUUUGGUCGGGGGCCGGCAGCUCCCUGCAUGCAGCUGCUGGGAAGAGCAUGGAGCGUGCCAAGGCUCCAGCAUCGCUGCUGAGAUAGUCACCAGAUAAACCCUGAGCUGCCUGCUCAGAGCCGGUCUGCUGAGCUCCUGUGCUCACCCAGCAGCGUGGGUGAAGGGGUAAUUAGCAGAUGAGCAGACACAGCCUUGGGAAGGGGCAUUGUGCCUCUCGCCAGCAGAGCAGGGGAGCACCACAGGGGUGGCAGGGUGGAAUCCCUCUUGUUCCCACUGCGCCACACAUCCUGGCUUCACCUCGGAGUGAUGUGAGCGUUUCUGACUGCAUGUUGCCUGCCAACGCUCAGGCUGUAGCUGCCCCAGGUUAUCCACACACGUUGGCUGACUCUAUUCGUGUUUAUCCCUGCAAGAGCUGUCAGCCCGAGUUGCUCCUCGCUCACACUGAUGAGGAAGGCACGUGGAUUUUGGCUGUCAAUACAUGGAUGCAUCUCCUGACCAGCCUGCCCUAGCAUCCCGCUUCCCUCUGCAGCAGAUCUGGUCCUGCAGAUGCUCCGGGCUUGCCUUUUGCCCCUGGAUUAGGUUGAGCUGUAGCCUGGCCAGAUGAAUGAUGCAAUGCAAUGAAAAGCCUUGACACAGCUUCAAACAACAAAGGUCUUUUCGGAGCAGCGAGCGCUGCCAGGAAGAGCGCACGUUGUGCUCAGCCAGUCUGCGAUGCUCUGAGUGACAUUUAUUUACAUUUUCCAGUCUUUGUAUUUUCUUUCUUCCUUCAGCUGCUUGUGAACUUUAAUAAAAAUGAUGAUCUGGGAAACGGUUUGUGUGUUUUU